AUCGAGUCGAACCAUAGUUUGUAUCAGGCCCAUUAGAUAUAUUAGGGUUUUAAGGUUUUAUAUUUAACCUUCUUUUCUGUCUCAUAUCACCGUCUCGUGUCUGCCUCCUUCCGCACCUUCUGUGUUCUGUAUCUAGAUCGUGGUGAAAAUGGUGGAGAAGACCAGCGCCGGUAGGAAAGAGGAGGUUGUUACCAGGGAAUACACCAUCAACCUCCACAAACGCCUCCAUGGCUGCACAUUUAAGAAGAAGGCUCCUAAGGCGAUCAAGGAGAUAAGGAAGUUUGCCCAAAAGGCUAUGGGCACCAAUGAUGUCCGAGUGGAUGUCAAGUUGAACAAAGCUAUAUGGAGCCAGGGGAUCAGAAGUGUCCCAAGGAGGGUUAGAGUGCGCAUUGCCCGCAAGAGAAACGAUGAUGAGGAUGCUAAGGAAGAGCUCUACUCACUUGUCACAGUUGUUGAAAUCCCCAAGGAAGAGCUCAAAGGUUUGGGCACUAAGGUUAUUGAUGAUGAGGAUUGAUGCUGAUUAGCUUAGUUAAUGCGGUUUUUUACAUUUGAUUUUAUUGAGACAUUGAGCAUAUGUUGUAUGACAAUUUAAUUUUCUUUCUCUGUUUUGUUUGUCUGUCUUAGAAAAAGAUUAAACAUCUGUGCAAUGUUUUUGUUACCCUAUUUCCUUUUCUGCCCUUGGAUAUUUUGAGAAAAUGAAUACAGUUCAUUACAACUUACAAGCAA